CUCGUCCGAUGGUCCUGCAAUCAGUGUACCUUUUAACCCAUUGUUCAGCGGGUUUCUGACAGCACUCUUUUUGUGCUCACUUUAACAGGACGAUUAGAGUCAGACAACUGACGGUGAACAGCAGUCACCCCCGCCAACACUCUGUUUUGUAAUAUAAAUAUUAACGUCUGGCCUGGCUGGCAGCUGACGUCAACGGACGGCGGUAGAUGAACUUGUUCUGUUCUCAGAUUUUGGCACUGUCUGGGAAUCUUUUUUCUCUCCUUGUCCAACAAUACAUAUUUGACCCCAAUAUAUUCAAUGUUUUCUUUGGAUGGAUUGCAAUAUUUAUUUCCUUGUCGACGUUGGUCCUGCCUCCACUGACAGCCCUAACAGAGAGGGGCCAGGCCGGGAGAGGAGAGGAGAGCAACCCCCAGUGUGGCCUGACUGAGAGACUCAAUGCCAAGCCAUUCUCCUCCUCAGACAGCCUAGUGAAGGUCCAGGAGGUAGCAAGCUGGCUUUUGGAAAUGAACCAGGAUCUGCUGUCGGGGGGCAGCAGGCGGGGACUGGGGGGCCGGCGAGGGGGCCCGGGGGCCCAACGAGGUAACGCCUCCUCCUCGGCCCGGACGCCCCAGGGCCAGCAGCCUGAAGAGGAGGCCGACGAGGAGGAGCACAUGAACCGGGUGGUGGAGGACCAAGGACACCAGCAGUCCAGAGUCCAGCCUGCGGCCUCUGCAGGGGGGGAAGGAGUGGAAGAACCGUGGACCUCCAGGCAGAAUGGACCCCAGGGAGACGGGGAGGAGGAGGAUGGAGGAGGAGUACCCAACGAGGUGAACGGAGGAGUGACUAAGGGCGGCCGGUGGAUGUGGGAGGCGGAGCGACGGCAACAGGGGGGGGAUGACGAGGAGGAGCAGGAAGAGGAGAACAACAACAGUGGCAGCCAGCAGGGAGAGGAGGAGGAGGAAAGGACAGAGGGAAGAGCGAGAACGGGGAGGGAGGAGGAGGAGGAUGACGAGGAGGAGAUGGACCAGGACAGUGAUGACUUUGAGCAUUCGGGGGAGAGCGGGAGGGAGGAGGAGGAGGAAGAGGAGGAGGAGGGGGAGGACGGCCUCCACUCACCCUCCCUCAGGAGUGAUGUGUCUGUCCCCAACAACAACCUGGACCAGUCCUCGGGGUGCCAACACCAAAGCUCACCCAUCAAGAAGAAGAUGAAGAGAAAGUUGGACCAUGGCCCAGAGGUCCGAACUUUCCCUUCAGGAAAAAAGCCCUGCAAAGGCUCUGAGUAUCCAAGUGCUACAGGGCUGGUCCCCUACCCAGCCACCCCCACCACGUUUGGGCACAUCAGGACAGCUAACGGUCAGGGGCAGCAGAGGCGGCGUAUCACCUCCAUCCCUUCUCCCACAGGUCUCCAGGAAUGGCUCCGGACAUUUCAGAGCUGGAGUGGCCCAGAGAAGCUGAUGGCGCUGGAUGAGUUGAUCGACAGCUGUGAGCCCACGCAUGUCAAACACAUGAUGCAGGUCAUUGAGCCGCAGUUCCAACGCGACUUCAUCUCACUGCUGCCCAAAGAGUUGGCCCUGUACGUGCUGUCGUUCCUUGAGCCCAAGGACCUGCUGCAGGCCGCUCAGACCUGUCGUUACUGGAGGAUCCUGGCUGAGGACAACCUCCUCUGGAGGGAGAAGUGCCGGGAGGAGGCAGGCAUUGAUGAGCCUCUAGCCUUCAAGAAGAGGAAAAUCACCAAGCCGGGCUUCACCCACAGCCCCUGGAAGUGUGCGUACAUCAGGCAGCAUAGGAUAGACACCAACUGGAGGAGAGGAGACCUCCGAUCACCCAAGGUGCUUAAGGGUCAUGAUGACCAUGUCAUCACCUGUCUCCAGUUCUGUGGUAACCGCAUCGUCAGUGGCUCUGACGACAACUCGCUCAAGGUCUGGUCGGCUGUCACGGGAAAGUGUCUGAGGACGUUGGUGGGCCACACGGGGGGCGUGUGGUCGUCCCAGAUGAGGGACAACAUCAUCAUCAGCGGCUCCACCGACCGGACGCUCAAGGUCUGGAACGCGGAGACGGGCGACUGUAUCCACACCCUGUACGGGCAUACCUCAACGGUGCGCUGUAUGCACCUGCACGAGAAAACGGUGGUGAGUGGUUCUCGCGACGCCACGCUGCGCGUGUGGAACGUGGAGACGGGCCAGUGUUUACACGUCCUCAUGGGCCACGUGGCGGCGGUGCGCUGCGUCCAGUACGACGGCCGCAGGGUGGUCAGCGGGGCCUACGACUUCAUGGUCAAGGUCUGGGACCCCGAGACUGAGACCUGCCUCCACACGCUGCAGGGCCACACCAACAGAGUCUACUCACUACAGUUUGAUGGGAUCCACGUGGUGAGUGGUAGCCUGGACACGUCUAUCCGGGUGUGGGAUGUGGAGACGGGUAACUGCAUCCACACUCUGACAGGUCACCAGUCCCUCACCAGCGGCAUGGAGCUCAAAGACAACAUCCUGGUCUCGGGCAACGCCGACUCCACCGUCAAGAUCUGGGACAUCAAGACGGGACAGUGCCUGCAGACGUUGCAAGGUCCCCACAAGCACCAGAGCGCCGUGACGUGCCUGCAGUUCAACAAGAACUUUGUCAUCACCAGCUCGGACGACGGCACGGUGAAGCUGUGGGACCUGAAGACGGGCGAGUUCAUCCGCAACCUGGUGACGCUGGAGAGCGGCGGCAGCGGCGGGGUGGUGUGGCGUAUCCGCGCCUCCAACACCAAGCUGGUGUGUGCCGUGGGAAGCCGCAACGGCACCGAGGAGACAAAACUACUGGUGCUAGACUUUGACGUGGACAUGAAGUGAGAGGAGAGGAGGGGAAAUGGUCGAGACGGGGACAAGUGAGGAGGGUUAAAGGGAGACGAGGAUGAGAUGGCUCAACAUCGAGGGUGAACGUGCCCUAAACUCUUCACUCCCACACUCAGAAACAGCCCCACCCUCAACGCUACCACCGCCCCCUCCUUACCUCUCCCCUCCCCCCGUCGGUGGCCGUUUCUGACAAAGCCACAGUCGCCAACCUCACCGGCCGGCACCCGUGCUUGUUACCCCUCCCACCUUAAGGGGGUGGAGUCCGAAUCAGAAGGGGUGGGGUGGAAAUGGGUGUGGCUUGAAACAGGGGUGUGGCUCGCCCGCACUUCUGCGGUAGGCUGGGAAGAAGAGGGGGAGGAACGGACUCGUCCAGUAAAGGAGGAAGAGAAGAAAGACAGGAACUCUUGAAGAAAUAACUCUGCGGCUUUAGAAGCAGCUUCUUCGCAAAACAGAGACUUGUUCACUCAAGCCUGACGCAAGCAUUUGUUCAGAUGUAUAAAGAUAUAUCAUUUUUUAUCCCCCACAUAAAGCGCCAACCGACUAUUUAAUAGAAGAACAACACUGUAUACAGUACACAAGGCAAAGACACAGGGAAACAUCAAAUUCUCUUCUGAGAAAAUUUAAGUGAAUUGGGAAAAGGUUUUUAAUAGAACACACAGACACACAAUAUUAGCUAAGUAAGGAGGUUCUUGUCGUCGGGGAGAGAAUAAGAAACGACAUGCCAAGAAUCUGAUUGGUCCCCAAACCAGGUAUGAGCCUAUAACAUCAGGCCCAAAAUCCUGUUCUCUGUUUGUUCCAGUCUUAUUGUUCUUUUAGUUCCAGGGUUUGAUUUCUUCAAAAAACACAGAGGAGCACACAUACAACUGUGAAUUUGCGUUCCUUUUGUAGCUAUGUUCUUUCAAUCAGUUCAAAGACGAGGAUUUUUGUUUGUUUGUUUUUUGGUUGGCUGUUGUUGCCAACAGCAACAAGUCCCAGUAUUAACCUGUUCCACUCACUUCUUUGCUUUUAACUCACCACGUUUUAUUUUCUGUUUGGGUUGUUCUUUACAUUCUUCUUUUCUUCUUCAUAGCUGAAGUCUGGAGACGUUAAGUCUCCAGAUUUAGGCACGAUGCUGUCCUGUGUUUUUCAACGAGUCUGGCUGGGUUGGUUCCUCAAUGCUGGUUCUUACGUGGGGGGGGAAGGGAGGUUGGGGUUCUCUUCUCGGAGCGCUUCGUGUGGAAUAGCGUCCUCCCUCCUUCCCAGUACUGUUUUCCCAGUGGGUAAACUGUAUUUAUGCUGCUAGAUAAAACUGAAAUAAAGAUGGAACUUUUA